AUGGAAUUUUUACAAAAAUUAAUGGUUAUACCCAAAAAUAUUAUGGAAGCUUUCAAGAAUAUCAAAUAAUAAACUAAUAAAGUUUAAAAUUCUUAUAUUGAAACUUUUAUUAUUUGCAAUGAAUCGAAAGUAGUGACAAAUGAAGUAAAAUAAAAUGAUCAACUAGAAAAAAAAAGAAAAUUAAAGAUUAAUUAAGAAAAAAUAGAUUCUAUAGCAUAAACAGAUUAGAUAUAAAAUAUUGAUAAAGUACCUAAAGAUGAAUCGCAAAAUAUUAGUAAAGUCCAAUAAUUGAGUUCCAAAUAAAGUUAAAAAUAAUCUAAAUUACUUAAACAAUAAGGUAUAGAAGAAGAAAACAUAAGUAGGGAAUCAGAUUAAACAGAACCGCCAUAAAAAUCAUAUUGCUAAAAUCACUUUUUGAAAGCAUUAGAAUAAAAUGAGGAAUUUGAUAAAUUACAGCAUAAUAAAAUAUACAAGGGUUAAAUCAAAAGCUAAAACCAAUAUCGUAAGAUAAUAUUAAAAAGUUACUUAAAUUAAUUCACAGCUAAAUAAAAUGAUGAGGAAAAAAUAUUAAAAUCUACUUAGAAUCAAUCCCCUGAUGAAAAGUAGUUUAAUUUACAUUAAAAAGAAUCUGAAAAUAACUUAAAAAAACAAGAAAUGGCUUGA